AUGUCGGACGUCCUCUGGAGCAGCCCCGAGCCCUCCAACCGGGAUACGAAGCGGAUUGAGAUCCUUGUGGGACGACGCCGCUCAUUGCCGUCGACGAGCUUCCCACUCACUCCCGAGGUCUCUGUGCGAGGUAUCCAUCGCACCCUGACGGCUCGUGAUACCCAGGGAAUGCUUAUCUGUGGAAUGGCGUCCCCACAUCAAGAACGUUGGGUCGUCCACAUGGCUCCCCAGCCACCUCAUGAGCAAACCGCCGAAACCCAGCAGCUUCUGUUGAGGGUAGUGACAGGUCCGAAGGAUGCGACAGUGGCUCAUGGCAGGACUCGACACUAUCGGCCUCGCUCCAUCCGAGUACUCCGAACGGCAAUUGGAGUUCUCGGAAUGGCCAACCGCGCUCCCGCGCAAAAUCACGUCGGAGAACUUCAUCAACUACACUCAUCUGAUGUAGUGCUCCCAGGACAGUCUCCCGUAGGCUUUUCUCGCACCGAUAGCGCUUGGGAGAGCAACGCAUCAAAAUCGUCGCCGAUUGUGCCACCUUCCCCUCCCCUAAGAAACGACUCCACGGAAGAUUCAUCCAGUGCCGCCCCAUCAGCCCCUGUUGCCGUCGAACGUCCCUACGAUCCCAGCGACCCAGACCCCAACGAUAACGGCCCCGGCAGUGUCGGCUCCCGACCCGAGUCCCCGCCUAUCAGAGAUAGAUGA